CGUGAGAAGAAAAUGAGCAAAGUCCACAAGUGAGUGAUUAUCUGGAGGCUGAGACUGGGGAUCUAUACUCACUCUGUCUUCCCGUGGUUAUAUAAUAGCCUGCCUACAAACGCAGCCCCAACUUCCUGCAGAGUUUAAACACACACUGGAUCACUCUCACGCACACACAGAAAGCUACCUCCCAACAAGAGCUACUACUACCUCUUACAACGAGGCAGCUUGCACUACAGAGAAGAGGCAAUGAGCAGCGGGGUGUGGUUUCCUGCUCUGGGGCUGGCAGCCUGGCUGUGCUGCCUCAGUCUGGGGCCCGUUGACGGGGGGAAGGUGCUGGUUAUGCCUGUGGAUGGGAGUCAUUGGCUCAGCAUGAAGAUACUGGUGAAGGAGCUCAGCCAUAGGGGCCACGAGGUGACGGUGCUGGUGCCUGAAAUAAGCCUGUUGAUCCACAGCUCGGAGAGCUACAAGACUGAGAUCUACCAAGUGCCCUUCACCAAAGCCGAACUGGACAAUAGAUACAAGCAGCUGAAGGAUGGAGUGUUCCUCAAGCCACCAGAAAUCACAGAUUUAUUUGUCAAUGUGCAGCGUUUGGUUAACUAUACUACAGCGGAGGUGAAAGCCUGCGAGAAUUUGCUGAACAACCAGCCUCUAAUGAGUCGACUGAAGGGAGUGGGCUUUGAUUUUGUGCUCACAGACCCUUUCCUCCCCUGCGGCGCCAUCCUUUCUCAUGUCUUUUCCAUUCCAGCUGUUUAUUUCCUGCGUGGAAUUCCAUGUGGGCUGGAUGUAAAGGCGAACCAGUGCCCCUCUCCUCCCUCCUACGUUCCUGCAGCCUACUCUGGCAAUACAGACAUCAUGACCUUCCCACAGAGAGUCAAAAACAUGGCCAUGUCUAUAUUGGAGUCCUACUUGUGCGGAAUUAUGUAUGCCCGCUUUGAUGAAGCGGUCAGGAAGUAUGUAGGAGACGACAUGACCUACAAGGACCUUCUUAGUCAGGGCGCAAUCUGGCUUUUCAGAUACGACUUUGUUUUGGAAUGGCCCAGACCUCUCUUGCCAAACAUGUUUUUUAUUGGAGGUAUCAAUUGUGCAAAGAAAGCUCCUCUUCCAGCAGACUUGGAGGAGUUUGUGAACGGCUCGGGAGACGACGGCUUUAUCGUCUUUACGCUGGGCUCUCUUGUGUCCAGCAUGCCUGAGGAGAAGGCUAAACAGUUCUUUGAUGCCUUUCGGCAAAUUCCUCAAAGGGUUGUGUGGAGAUACACUGGAGUCAUACCUGAAGAUGUACCCAAGAACGUGAGACUUAUGAAGUGGUUACCUCAGAAUGAUCUCCUAGCCCAUCCCAAAGCUAAAGCCUUCAUCACUCACGGAGGAACCCACAGUAUCUACGAGGGCGUCUGUAACGCUGUACCCAUGUUGAUGUUUCCACUGUUUGGGGACCAGGGGGACAACGUGCAACGCAUGGUGAUCCGCGGCGUCGCAGAGUCACUCAGAAUUUAUGAUAUGACGAGUGAAACCCUUUUGGCUGCACUUAAUAAAGUCAUCCAUGACAAAAGUUACAAAGAGAAUAUAGUGGCGCAGUCUCAGAUACACCUGGACCGUCCUGUUGAGCCUUUGGACCUGGCUGUUUUCUGGACUGAGUUCGUCAUGAGACACAAAGGAGCCGAUCACUUAAGAGUAGCUGCACACGACUUAAACUGGAUUCAGUACCAUAGCCUGGAUGUCAUCGGCUUUCUUCUCAUCAUUCUCCUCACUGUCCUGUGGGUGACACUCAAAUGCUGCUUGUUCUGCACCCGCAAGUGUUGCAGGAAGGGGACUCCAAAGAGAAAGAAAGAGUAGUGUCUCUAAUGCAGCAGUCAUUAGGUUCUAUACUGUACGUUCUGUAAUGAGGUGAAUAAUGGAGGUUGAAAUACUGCAAUGAGAUUUCAGACUAGUGCACUGUACGUGUGUGUGUGGGUGUGUGUAUGUGAUGUAUCUGUACCACAGACUGUAUAUGAAGAUGGACAUGACAACUCCCCAAAAGUGAAGCCAAAACAUCUCGAUCGCCCCCUGGUGGCUGGUUGCAGUAUAGAUCAUAACUCCCGCCUCCUCCAUGUUAGUGGAUGGGACAUGGGCCAAACUAAACAGUCAAAUCAAUUUUACCUAAAGAUGGUUUCUGUUGUUUUAGGUAGUUCUUAUCAUACUGAUGUAUGUUCAAGUGUUUCUUUUUCUGAUAUGUUUGGUUUUAAUUAGUUAUUUGAUGCUAUAAAAAGGGGGUGAGACAUCAUGAUUGGCAGCUGUGAGUCUGACAAGCUGCGGCGGUGCUCGGCUCGUGAUCGGUUUCGCACUAUUCUCACUACUGCGUAGACUCUGGCUCCAAAUGACCUCAACAUCUCAAGAUGGCAGCUCCUGUAUCCGGGAUAGUUUGGCUUCAAAUCUGUAUAGUGGGAGGAAGUGAAGACAUGUUGUUUAUCUAUAUAUACAGUCUAUGAUAUGUACGUACAAUAUGUAUGUGUGUGUUUGUGUGUGUACUAUACUGUCUUUAACCCAUGUGGAACACACUACCAGCAAUGAUUGAGUGAAGCCAUCCUUUGGAAAACAAACGUAAUAAAAUGUUUUUUAAACUUU